GAGUUAACCCUUUCGACCCCGGGGAGGGAAGAGGCGGGAUGCGGCUGCCUCGCCCUCGCUUUGCUUUCUGUCCAGUUGCCUUCCGUCCUUCUCGUCGCGCCGCCGCCAUGGCCCAACUCCGUGCCUCUUCUUCCUCGUCGGUCACCACCUUUGACUACCUGGUGUUGGGGGGCGGCUCGGGCGGGUUGGCCAGUGCCCGACGCGCCGCGCAACUGGGAGUCCGGGCUGCUGUGGUUGAAAAAGGGCGACUUGGAGGCACUUGCGUGAAUGUUGGGUGUGUACCUAAAAAGGUGAUGUGGAAUACUGCUGUCCAUUCAGAAUUCAUCCAUGAUCAUAUGGAUUAUGGUUUUAAAAUAGCUGAUGUGAAGUUUAAUUGGAAAAUAAUUAAAGAAAAGCGUGAUGCUUAUGUGAAGAAACUGAAUGAGAUCUAUCAAAAUAAUUUGAAUAAGGACCACGUGGAAACCAUUCGUGGGCAUGCAUUAUUCACAGCUGAUCCUGAACCUACAAUUGAAGUUGAUGGCAAAAAAUAUACAGCACCUCACAUACUGAUCGCUACUGGUGGGCGACCUGUAAUUCCCAGUGAAAGUGAAAUACCAGGAGCCAGUUUGGGAAUCUCUAGUGAUGGCUUCUUUGAACUUGAAGAGUUGCCCAAGCGAAGUGUUAUUGUUGGUGCUGGAUAUAUAGCUGUUGAAUUAGCUGGUAUUCUUUCUGCAUUAGGCUCCAGGACAUCCUUAUUGAUACGUUUUAAUGAGGUGCUGAGAAAUUUUGAUUCUAUGAUCAGUUCAAACUGCACUCAAGAAUUGGAACAUAAUGGAAUAGAAGUCUGGAAACAUUGCAAGAUUCAAUCAGUUACAAAAUCAGCUUCAGGGCUCCUGGCAAUAACAGUUACAUCCUCUUUUCCUAAUAAAAAACCUACUGUGAACACCAUUGAGAAUGUUGAUUGUCUCUUAUGGGCCAUUGGUAGAGAGCCCAGUACUGAGGAGCUAAACCUUGACCAAUUGAAUAUUAAGGUAGACAAGGCAGGCCAUAUUAUUGUUGAUGAGUUCCAAAAUACCAGCAGAAAGGGAAUCUAUGCUGUUGGAGAUGUAUGUGGAAAAGCACUCCUUACACCAGUUGCAAUUGCGGCUGGAAGAAAACUGGCACAUAGACUUUUUGAAAAUAAAAAGGAUUUUAAAUUGGACUAUACCAAUAUUCCGACUGUGGUUUUCAGUCAUCCACCUAUUGGAACAGUGGGACUAACAGAAGCGGAAGCCGUGAAUGCAUAUGGAGAAGAGAAUGUGAAAAUUUAUACAACUUCUUUUGUCCCCAUGUACCACGCAAUAACAGAAAGGAAAACAAGAUGUGUGAUGAAAUUGGUCUGUGCCACUAAACAAGAAAAAGUGGUAGGACUUCAUAUGCAAGGUUUGGGGUGUGAUGAAAUGCUCCAAGGUUUCGCAGUAGCUGUCAAAAUGGGAGCAACAAAGGCUGACUUUGAUCAAACGGUGGCUAUUCAUCCAACUUCUUCAGAAGAACUUGUUACACUUCGUUAAGCUGUACAUAGCUUGGCUUUUCCCAUGGUGAAUUAAGUUUUGUUUUGUUUUUUACAAAAUUGUGCAAUUCAAGAGAAGUCUUAAUUCUGCUGUUACAAAUUUGUAUACAUGGAUGUAAUUUAUAUUAUACUUGAAAACAGUAAUUUUGGAUUUUAAAACGUCUCCUUUUUUAGCUUGAUUUCUUGUGACCUUUUGGACAUAUUCAUAGUGACUUUGGCAUCAAUACAGAAGUUAUCUGCCAUUGCUUUCUGGCAUGUUGUUUUCAGCGUAGCCUUUAGUGUUUCCUAAUAGUCUCCUAUCCAAGUACUGAUCAGAUUCAACCCUACCUAGUUAGCCUCUGAGCAGAGACAAAAGUAGUAAGAUGCUACCACGUGUUGAGACUGCAAUAGUAAAAUGUGCUAAAAUGACAAGCAAAUUAUCAUAUAACUUCAUUCUUUAAGCCCAAAGAGGAAAUAAAAUCUUAAGAGUAGAGCAGAAAAAAACCCAUUUUGGGCUAUGGAGGAAGUACUGCAAUCAUAAACUCUAUAGUAAUUAGUAUUUUGGUUUACUGAGCCUUGGAUUGUGAAAGAUGCCAUUUCCUGCCUAUUGGGAAAUGUAACCCAUGUAGAAUUUAGCCCACAGGAGUUUAGUAAGAGCACUACUUUACUAUUUACUAAUCCAUAUUCUGUAAAACUCUAUAAACCUUUUGUUUAAUUUAUGUUAUCCCCCUAUAAAAUUAAAACCCAAUAGGUAGGCUAUUCUAUGUACCUUCCUACAGUUAUUCUUUUGGAUUUGUUUCCAACAGAAAUUACCAAUGUACAGAUAUUUGUAACUAAAAAUUAGGGAACAAGUUUUUCAUCACAAGAAGUAAAUUCUACCAAGCAAUAUCACAUUCUAUAAAGCAUAUCGGCAAGAGUUCCCAUUCAGCUAUAACCUUAUUAAGCAAUAUUAAUUUCUCUGUUAUGAGAAUUGAAAAAUAUGGAUUGGGGAGAUGGCUGCAUCCUAAGUGAUAUAUACAACUAUACUCUUCUGUUUGUUAUUGCCGUGAGGCCCAGGAGGCAGUAGGGCUGAUUACUAUCACCUAUUUAGCACAGCCUAGGAACACAUAUAGCUUUUAUGGGAUGCUAUGGACAUGGGUGACUUUUGUUCCACUGCCACCUCCCUAUAGAUUUAUAUAAUUGUAUAUAAUUAUAUAACUAUGUAUAUAAUUACAUAGAUUGUGUGUGUGUGUGCUUGCUUCUUUGCCAUGUUCUUAUCAUAUGCUAAAUAAUAUACAACUAUAUAUUCCUAAUGCAUUUCUGAAUCAACAGCCAGUAAGAUGAUAUUUAUUCACUUUCACAAAAUAUUUGCAGUUCAAAAUAUUAAUUCUAAAAUAUACUUGCACAUAAGUUCUGUAUUAGAUAAUGCGACUAAUGAACAUCAUUCUAGGAAUUUGUCCCAUUGCAUUUCCACAAAUACUAAAUUAAAUGGGAUGUAGGAAGUUUUGUAACACUUGUGUCCUAUUAAGAGAAUUAAGCUGUUUGUAUUUUAUGUUGUUUACUUUACUUUAGUAAGUUUACAGCAUCAUUUUGCCCUUUGUUUAAAAGAGAUUUUAACUUGAGAUUUCAGGUGUACUAUUUUAAAUUCACUAGUUUAAAUAUGAAGUCUUUACCCUCUUGGAUUACAUUUACCAAACUUAAAUAUAUUUUGGUUUAAAAGAAUACAAGAUGGUGGUCAUUUUUAAUUUCAUCCUAAUAGUAGGCCUGAAAAUUUAAUUAAAGAAUUAUAUAUGCUAA